AUGGUCAUUUCUACAACCACUCUCACCACCGUUACCAUGGCAGCAACGUCUGUUUCCUCUUUCUCUCCCGACAAACACCGGUCACAACACCUCUCCCGCGACGAAUACAUAGAGUUACGAAAUUCCCAGGACAAGCAUUGGAAUGCUGAACUCGCUUCCAUCCGAUGCUCCGUCGACGACGUGAAGCAGGAGUUGAACGAAGUCAAGCGGGAGUUGAAAGCCGACAUUAAGGAGCUCAAAGACGACGUCACGGUUCAGAUGCAAUACCUUGAAGCCGAGAUCCGCCGGUCUCAAGCGUUCACGCGGAACAAUGCCUUGAAGAAUCCAACCCUCCCUAUCCGACCUGUUGUUGUGUAUCGCCCUGGACGCGGCAUUCUUGAGCCUGAUUCCUCACGUUUUCCUCGGAACGCGAACGAUUUUUACUCUUUGAGGGAUCCACAAACUAAAUGGCACCGGUCCAUGCUCGCCUACCUUGCCGACUUCUACGACGUCCAACUCAGAGGUGCCAGUCAUUUUCCUAAAGAGGAAAGCAACAGUGACGAUAGUGACGACGACGAAAUCAUUCUCGAACACCCUGAACUC